UGCGCGGGGCGGGCGGAGCCGGGCAGCGGAGCGGUUAGAGGGAGUGAGGAACGGGCGUGGGCAGCGACCCGGGCUCCGCUUUCCCCAAACUCUAAGGCCCUGGCCUGGGUGGGGCAUGUCUGCGGUGGCUUGCGUGGACUACUUCGCCGCCGAGUGCCUGAUGUCCAUCUCCACUGGCGCCGUGGUGCACCGGCCGGCCGCCGCCCUGCCCCCGCCCCCUGGGGACUGCAGCCGGGGGGUGCGGGAAACACUGCAGAAGGCGGGGACCAGCUCCGGCGGCGGGCUCACCACGCUGCCUGGAGCCGCGUCCCCGACGCCCUCCAACCCGCUGGUCGCCGCCAACAUCCUGACGGACCUGGGCGGGCUGCGCCCCGCCUCCACACGCUCGGACAGCGGCCACUCCUCGUCGUCCUCUUCGUCCUGUUCCUACCCCGGCGAGACAGGAGAUCUCGAGAGUGGUACCGCUAGCCCGCUUCCUCCCGCCGCCGCCCGCUGCCACAGCCCGUCGCCGCCAGGCAAGCGCCACCCGUGCCUCUUCCCAGACUGCCUGAAAGUUUACGGGAAAUCCUCCCACCUGAAGGCUCACAUGCGAACGCAUACAGGUGAAAGGCCAUUCCCCUGCACUUGGCUGGGCUGCAGCAAGAAAUUUGCACGCUCAGAUGAACUGGCCCGGCAUUUCCGCACCCACACAGGGGAGAAGAGGUUCUGCUGCCCACUCUGUGAUAAGCGUUUCAUGCGCAGCGACCACCUGACAAAGCAUGCUCGCCGCCACCCCGCCUUUCACCCUGCCAUGAUCAAGCGCCAAGGCCACCAAAGCACCUCUGCCGAUGACAUGCUAGCCUCUACCCCUUGCAGUGCCAGUCCCACAACCAGCCCUGCCAAGUUCCUCCUAUAGGGUAGAGGGAUUGGGCGCUCAGCACAACCCCAGGACUCCUCUCACCUGGCCAGGGUGAUGAAGAGAAGGAACACUGUUGAGCUCACCAGCACCACAGGACUGGCCGGGCCUUGGACCCCCGUCUUCCCAGGCUUGGCGUACUGUGCCCCUCUACGGAGCAACAUUCCCGAAAAAACAGCUAACAGAAGGCAGAGAACUGAUCCCUUCUUCCCUUUUUUUCCUUCCCUCUUCAGCUUCCUGUCCACCUGCUGUUGUUCCUGCUCAGUGACUGGGUUGAUUUCAUCUCUUUUCUGCUCCCUUCUUCCACUCUAUCCAAUGCUUGCAUAGCAGAGUGAAUGGCAUGGAUCUUCCUCAGAGCCAAAGUCAUAAGACAAGAACUAUCUCACAUAAUUGUUUUAAUUGUUUCCAUCAUGGUGAGACUGAACAAGUGAAGCAACAGCUGAGAAGUGA